AUGGCCUGGGCUGGGCAGGACGUGCUCGUGAGGAAAAUAGAAGCAAGAAGACGCUUACUGUUCUUGACUUCCGGGGACACGCACGCACAUGUGGAUCUGGAUGCGCUCUGUCUCGAGGAUGCUCGCUCCCUCCCUCUACUCGCCGCGGCCUCCUCCCUUGGCGCUCCGCCGCCGGCCUCGAAAAGUCCCGGCUUGGUCCCUCAAUCCUCCGCCCCGACGGCCGCCGGGAUCCGGCGCGAGAGCGCUUCAGCGAUGUAUGGUGCAGGAAGAGGAGGAGGUGGAGGAGGGGCAUGGCUUUUUGCGUCCAAGCAGAUUUGUAAAGAAAAAAAGAAAACACAACCACACACGCAGCGCACACGGGCUCGCCUCCUCUCCCUCGCCCAUGAAGUCAUCGCCGCGGCCGCCGCCCAUGCCGGCUGCUUCCGGCGACCUCCGGCGCAGAGCGGCACGCUCCAAGCUGCCCACGUUGGGGCACGCCAUGGGAGUUCCCCAUCCACCACGGUCGUCGCCGUCAAGGGAUUCUUCAAGGAGAUGUCAAGGACGCCAUGGACAUGCAGCUCCUCAAGCGGGGGAUCACAGAUUCACAGAUGUAAGGAUCGGGAGAAUUGGGCCUCACAUUAUUUUUUCCAGAAUUGGGUGUUGGUGCUCUCUAAACUGAAUUGAGUGAGCUAAAUCUGUGCAUCAAAAUUGUAGUCUGUAGCUUUAUGUGUUACGUCUUAAGAUUGAACUUGAAGAUUGCCUUUGGGAGUAGUUUUAGUUGGUAGAUGUUUCAGGCUCCAAAUACGCACACAUUAUGUGCUUAAUGUGUGGCAUAAACAUGAUCAGUUUUAUGCUUAGAAACCAAAUCACUGUCCACCCAUUUUAUUUCUUCAUGAGUAUUUUGUGUUGAAAUCAGAUCACCGUUCACCUGUUCUCGUACUAUUGUCUUUAACUUAUUUUGCUGAUUCUUAAUAAAAUGCUCAGUUCAGGA